AUGACAUAUGAAAAAAAGUUGCAGAAUGCAUUAAGAAACAACUUUUUCAAACACACCUUGUACCUAAAUCUUAUAAGCGUCACGAGAGCAACGAACGAGAGCAACGGUAAGGUUCUGGUAGAAAAUACACAGGAACUAAAAUUUUUGUUCAAAUUUCUUGCAAUUCUCAGAAAUCAAUCUUUAUUAGUUCCACAACUUCUUCCGAUACUUGGUAAGCCCUAUUUGAAAGUGCAAGAGGUUUCAGUAAAAGCUCAAGCAUUACAUGCUAUAAUCAGCUUUGAAUUUUGUGGCCGUCACGAGAGCAACGAUAAAAACCUCCAUAUAUAA